CUCCUAAGUGUGAUUCUAUAGCUCCCUAGCCUACUAAGCUAGCUAUUACUAUAGUUGUCGCCGUACUCUCCAGACUUCAGCCCAUAUCAAGGAGUCAUUUUCCGAGCUACAGGGAGUUCAGUCACCACAGAACCACUUACUCACUGAUCACCCACGCUUACCCAUGCUCUUGGAUAGCAUCACUCAGCUCGCCUUCACUCACCCUUACUUACCCUGUGGUUUAGUGUCUCUCACCUGUAAAGCAGCAGGCCUUUAAGGGCGCAUAUGACUUCUAGCUCCGUUGAUAAUGCUGGCUUAAGUACAGCUGAGCAGACAGGAAGCCCUGUUUUCCACACUCUAUGGUCAUUCGUGCUAGAGGUAAGUUAUGACUGGUUCAUAUUAUUGAGGGGGAGUCAAGGCAAAAGAUCGCCGAUCAAGCCAUGGACGAAUAAUACUUGGUCUCCCAGAGACGUGAAAGAGAAUCGAUCUCCAUCUCCAUCUGCUAGGUGUAUGGCUUGCUGUAUAAUAUUUGUCCUAUUUACCGGGAAAAAAAGAAAACUGAAAGAUCUCCUCCAUGCGAAAGGAAACAAUGGGAUGGGCGAGGGGAGAAAAAAAAAAAAAAAAAGAAGGAUCACUGCAUCUACACGGGAUUGAACCAUGGACCUUUCCAUUACGAGUGGAACGCUCUACCACUGAGCCAUAGAUGCCAGGACGGGAAUAAAGUUUCGCUUAAGCGGCC